GAAAGUUAAACGCAAAUAUUUAAAUCAUUAUUUGAUGUUCGUUUCAUUUUGUUGUAAUAUGAUGCGGCAUAACACUGCGGGACCAUAAGGUUGCAUGGAGGCGGCCGGGCGCUGCUGUGAUUGGCCGAGCCGGCCAGGUAGCUUAGGUGCGCUUGUUGCCGCUCAUAUCAUUUACCUUCCUUCCGCUAGACGUGGCUGGUAAAUGCCCGCAUCGGCUAGGAAACUGAACAAAGACUGACUUCGUUAGUAGUUUUUAACACCGAGCUAUAUAUGUAAAUAUAGUGUCUUUUCAGCCGAAGUGCAUGGUGUGAUUAAUGUUAAUCUGACCAAGGGUAGCUCUUCUGUACGCCGUUUGUGCGCUUUUACCUGGAAAGCGGUCAGGUUCUGCAAAGGUAAGUGCAAGAAUGCAUAUAAUAUGCCGGUGUAUUUGGUGAUGACGAAAUCCACUUCUUCGGUGUUUAAAAUAUUUUGAGUUUAACAUACGGGCUGAAUGAUAUCAGGGUCCAAGGUGGGGAGGAUGGAGGCCAAGGUGCCGCUGUUCGCCGUCUGCCUUGUUGCAGGUCUUCUGACAUGUGAUACACAAGUGCUUGCAGUGUGUGGCAGGAGACUCCUAGGUAACAGGAUUGUCGGAGGAAAGGAUGUGCGGGAAGGGGCGUGGCCAUGGCAGGUGGAUAUCCAGAUGGGCGGCAGGGGUCAUGUCUGUGGGGGCUCACUCGUAGCCAAGGACUGGGUGCUGUCUGCUGCCCACUGCUUCCCAAAGCUCGCCGACGUCUCGUCCUACCGGCUGUACAUGGGCAGGCACCAGCUCAGUGGCACCAAUCACCAUGAGGUGUCCAGUCGGGUCCGACGAGUUGUGGUUCCAGCAGGCUACACCAAUCCUCAAGAGGGUCAGGAUGUAGCUCUGGUCCAGCUGGCCACACCGGUCCAGUGGUCAAACUGGAUCCAGCCAGUGUGUUUGCCCAGUGACGGUGCUGUGUUUCCCAAUGGGAUACAGUGCUAUGUCACUGGCUGGGGCCACAUCAGGGAGGGGGUGUCUCUGCCUGGCGUGGGGACCCUACAGGAAGUGCAGGUGCGCAUCAUCAGGCAAAUGUCCUGUCAGAAGAUGUACCAGGUUCUGCCCUUCACCUCUGACCAAGUAGACAUACUUCCUGACAUGAUCUGUGCCGGGUUCCCAGAAGGAGGCAGGGAUUCCUGCCAGGGUGAUUCAGGGGGACCCCUCGUGUGCCCCAUGGUGAACGGGACCUGGGUACAGGCGGGGGUGGUGAGUUUCGGUCAAGGUUGCGCACAGCCUAACAGGCCUGGCAUUUACGCUAAAGUCUCCAGCUUCGCCAGCUUCAUUCGCAGCACGGUGCCGGAGAUCCAGCUGCAUAGCGCAGCCCUCCGGGCGCAGGCCUGGAACCUGGCUGUGCUUGCUGCUGCAGUAUUGUCUUGGCUUGGAUACCAUCAUGUGCCAUGACCAGGAAGGGCUGUUUGUGUUUAUUGGGACGCCAAAAGCACAUAAGAGCCAAAGUGAGACCUGCCAACCUACAGAAAGCUGGGUUUUUGUGUACUGUGAGUACAACAGGACCAGAAGACCCGAGAGCUUAAUCGUGUUGAAUUUGAUUGUCACAUAUUUGACUUGAGCGACGUUGAUUGUUGCUGUCUGAAGCAACCGUAGCAACAAGGAGGCCCGCAAAGUUCACACGAACUGCUGCAGACUACUCUGAAAACGCUGAGCAACUGAAUGAGAAACCCUGCGGAAUGGGACAUGGCCGACCCCUGUUUUCAGUAAACACAGGGGACUGCAAAACACUAAGCGGACAUUUCCAAAUGUAUAGGAAUGGCAGUGGCAGAAGUUACUAGGCUGUGUGCUUAAGGGUGCGGUGUGAGAGGAGGAGGAGGACCCCUGAUUAUGCUCUGAAGUUGCUAAACCAAAAUUCUAAAAGCAUUUAAAUGAUCAAAUAAAUGUCUGAUUUACUGAUAAACAUUAGUGUCACUAAAUGACUUACAAUAUCAAAUGGUCUGGGAAAAACAGAUUCCAGUCCAGCUUGAAAUGCUUUUACUAAACAGUAGUUAAUGCAAAGUACAUUCAUGCUGUAUUCCCUAUUCCUGUUUUCUAUGUCCUUACCCAUGCAUUCAUGUUUUUCCUGAACAGAGAUUGCAAACAUUA